AUGUCAUCCGAACAAAAACCAUUUACCGCUGAUUCCAAAACCGCGGCCCAUUUGAAGUCUUAUCCUAUCCUUGUUGAUAUCGCCACGAUUAUCAGCUCGUCUGCCCUUGUUCGCGCCAUCUCCGACCAUGUAAUGCCUUUAUUCACUUACGUUACCAGUUUGAUGAUGUCUGUGGCGUUGAUCAAGACCAUCCUUGUUAAAUCAGAUGAAUUUUUCAAUUCUCUUGUUUUGGAUAACGUCGAUGCCAUCCUCCCUUCAUUGAGGAGCCUCCAUUUACAAGAUGUUCAUCCAAAGAAAAUCCCAGAAAAGGCCCGUGCUGCAGCUUCCAACUUGAACCCAUCGAUUGUUCUCAACGACGUCAAUGCCAAAUUACACGCUUACGAACAACAAAUUAGACCAAAUGUCUCGAACCACGUUGGGGGAAUCAUCAAGCCUUUGAACAAUAAGUUAGAAACCUUGAUUGAUUCGUAUUUGCCAGAAGGCGAACAAGAUGCAUCUGCUGCUUCCCAGCAACAAGGCCCUGAUGAUGAAAUCUCUCGUCUUUACAAUUUGACUUCAUCCGCUUACAAGAAAACCGUUCCAAUUGCCACCAAUGAGAUCUCCCACAUCCAAGACCACGUUAUGAAAACUUACUCUGCAAAUUUGCCAGAAAAUGAAUCGCCUUCCACCCCAAGUGAGAAACUCCAGGCCGCGGCAAAAACUUCUUACCAACUAUCUAACGAAGGGUUGCAAUUGCUUAACAAGACUUAUGAAACCUCUGUCAAGCCAAAAGUUGCCCCAUACAUUGGAAGUUUGAAGGUUGGCAUAACCCGCACCGUUGAUGAAGCUAAGAGUAAUGUUGAUGCUCUGCUCAGCGAGGCCGCUCAAGGCGCCGAAACCGCCACCAUGAAUGGUUCGUCUGGUAGCCAAUAG